AUGAGAGAGCAUAAGGCGUUAGUCCCUUGGAGUAAUGUGGUCUGGCUUAAGAAAGGAAUUCCAAAACAGAAACUACUAACCUGGCUUUUCGUUUUGAACCGUUGCCCUACUAGGGAUCGGCUAAUCUCAUGGGGAAUCAGCAUAGAUCCGGCUUGUCUACUUUGCAAUGAUGAAGCGGAAUCGAGAAAUCACCUUUUCUUUGAGUGUGAUUUCACUCGCUCAAUCUGGUGGCGUCUCAGUCACAAACUAAGACUGCCUUGGACCUCUGGUUCAUGGGACACAACUCUUCAGAUCCUCAUCUCCUUUAAGGGUACUCAAAACCACCGGUUUCUUAUUCUCUUGGCUUGGCAAUCUCUGAUCUAUGAAACAUGGCGAGAAAGAAAUAAUAGGCUUCAUCGACAUAUUGCACAACCAUCCGAAAUCGCAGCUCAUCCUUCAGACAACAUAACCCAGAGAUCGGAUCUGCGUGUAUGCAGCUCUGGUUUGCUCUAG